GUUGUGUGACGUUUACCGGGAAAUCGAAACUUAUUUCGGGCGAGGGCUGAACCGAAAGUCGGCUCAGACGUUACGGAGACAUGGGAGCAGAGUUUAGGUGAAAGCGAAAAAAAUGUAACUGUCUUAUUAUUAUUUUUUUAAUGUAAUUCGAGUUGACAUUGCGACUGUAAUUGGUCAUUCAUAAUGGAAACAGUCAACUACGUAGCUAAACUAAACGAGUAUGCGCAGAGAAGACGCUCGUUGCUGACAUUUGAGGAGGUUGGAUCUGUUGGCCCUGAUCACAUUAAAACAUUUACCCUAAAAGCGGUCGUGAACGGUAAGGCGUAUCCUGAUGGUGUGGGGAGAAACAAGAAGGAAGCCAGACAGAAAGCAGCAGAAAAUGCCCUGAGAAGCUUAUUGGAGGAAGAAAUAGAUUCUACAGAAAAUGCACCAGAAGGUUCUCCUGCACCGGUUCAUCAGACAGGCAUCAUUCACAACUAUAUAUGCUGGCUCAAUGAAUAUGGUCAGAGGAACAGGAAGACUAUAAGAGCUGUUGAGUUAACAAAACUGGGACCAAAUAAUGUUACUAUAUGCUGCAGCUUUGUGGUUGGUGAUACGGAGUAUCCAGCUGCCACUGGGAAAACAAAGAAGGAAGCUAAGGAAGAGGCAGCCAAGCUUGUAUAUCAUGAGAUAUAUGGGAGUAAGACUACAGAGACUGUAGAGGAGAAAAACACCCUAUCAAGUCAACCAGAGAAGGAACUGACUCAAAAUGUGUCAGACAUCUGUGAUAAGACAAAGAGCUUGAGUGUGGUAACUAAAGUGGAAGAAGGUUUUUCAGAGACAAAUUUCAGAGGAAUCAUCAACAACUACUGUCAGAGAAGAAAGCUCUUGCAUGAUUACGUCUUAGAGAAAAUAUGCGGUCCACCACAUAACCGUCAGUUUUUCUACAAAUUAGUGAUCAACAAUAAGGAAUACCCUGUGGGAGAGGGCAAGAAUGCCAAGGAUGCCAAACAAAACGCAGCUCAGCUGGCCUGUGCUGCUCUUAAAGAAGAUAAGUCAGACUGGGACAGCAAGCUGUCAGGGUCAGGUGUGUCCGAUGAUAGUGCAGCCAGGCUGUCCACACCACCAAGCACACUGGAGUCCUGUGACACAAAAUCAAAAAGCAUGCCAACGCCUUCAAGUGACUCAAUUCUUUUCAUCAACUCAUCGAAUCCUCCUAAAGAUAAGGUUCAAAGUCCUGAUGUGAAGCCCAGAAUAAGACUUGCAGCAAAUUUCCCAAAUGCCCUCAGAAACAAGGACGACAAAAGUAAAGAUAUAAUAACCAAUUUCAAUGGCAAGACUACAGGAAAUAACCAGAAUGAGAAAACGACCACACCAUUAAACUCAAGGUUUGCAUCAGAAUUUGACUCCAUUAUGUGCCUCGGCAACGGAGCCUUUGGUGUUGUUUUCAAGGCAAAACAAAAACUGCUGCAGAGGUAUUUUGCCAUAAAGAUUGUCCACUGCAAAGAAAAAGCUCUACGAGAGGUGGGCGCGUUAUCAGAGCUCCAUCACGCUAACAUUGUUCGAUACUACACGUGUUGGUUGGAGGAUUCAGAAUACCAAUCGGACAAAGCAGCUGACAGUUGCAGCUCUUCACAGUCAACCGAUGAUUCACAGGUGAAGUACCUCUAUAUUCAGAUGGAGCUGUGUGACACCAAAACACUCAGAGUUUGGAUAGACGAGAAGAAUAUUCAGAACGUGAAGAAAUCUCUGCGAAACUCCAAGCGAAGAGAAGAAAGUCUAACUAUUGUUAAGCAAAUAGUCAGUGGAGUCGAGUACAUUCACUCCAAGAUGUUCAUUCACAGAGACCUGAAGCCUGCCAACAUCAUGUUUGGACUGGAUGGGGAAGUGAAGAUUGGAGACUUUGGUCUGGUCACUGCUGAGAACGAUGACGAUGAGAGAACGUACUACAAAGGAACCCCAUCUUACAUGGCUCCUGAGCAAAAGAGCAGGAGCAUAUAUGACCGGAAAGUGGACAUAUUUGCUUUGGGGUUGAUAUAUUUUGAACUCCUUUGGAACCUCUCUACUUGCCAUGAAAAGAAAGCGAUUUGGGAAGAUGUCAGAAACCAGAAACCUCCUCAAGUAUUCUCAAACAAUUUUAUCCCUGAGAACCAAAUUAUAAAGUCGAUGCUGUGUGUGAAGCCAGAGGACCGACCUGAAGCAAGUAAACUAAAGAUGGAUUUGGAAGAGUACACUUGCGCACUUUUGAUGCAUAAAGAUAGUAAGACUGUCUGAUUAUUACAAGGAGAUACUCAAACUAUGGGCAAAUGCAUCAGUCAUGACUAGGCCUGUCUAUUAUAUGCUCAUGAUGUCUUGAGCUGACCACAAUCAUGUUCCACAAAUGUUAGAUCUACAAUCAAAAGUUUUAAAGCAAAGUACAUGAAACCAACAUAAAUGCCAUAUUUCCUCAUAUUUUCCACAUUGUUUUUCUGUGCGUUAAAGAGCUGUGAGGAUAGUUGUGUCGGAGAUAAUAUAAACUGCACGGUUUCAAUAUUUAUAAACCUAGUUUAGAAUUGCUGUGCAAUCUAAUCUGACCAAACCAGCUGAUUAGCUGAUCUCUCAUAUAAUGUACGCUACAACUUUAUUUAUUUGACAAAAUUGUUUCCAUCAUGUAUUUGUUACAUAAACUUGCAUGGGCAAAAAACAACAACACCUCAAAUGAAUGCAAAACCUUUUUGGUGAUAUUGUCAAAGUUUUGUCGGACUUGGAUUGAAACAUGGCUGUGUUUCACCAUUGAAUAUUGACUUAAAAAUCAAGCAUCCUACGUUAAUAGAACAACUUUUUCUCUACAUUAGGUCAACCUACACAACAGUUUUAGAGCAGGCUAUUUAAAAUACAUCUAUGUGCUGCAGAGUGUGAGGUGAAACAUUGUUUCAAACGUUUUGAAGAUUAAUUGACGCUUCUUUGUGAAUCACAUCGUUUCGAUGAGAAGCCAUUUAGUUAUCUAGUUGCAAAGUCAGUCACAACAGCAACUCUGUGUGGUAUCAAAUUAACAGAACCAAAUAGCAAAUGAAUUGUAUGAAAAUUAACCAUCAACUAAAAUUUAAUCAGGAGACUCAAAUGAUGACCGCAAGGUGACAGCAAGGUGUAUGAGCAUGCGCUAGAGGAGUAAAUGGCAGGAUGGAAAGAGAAAUUAACUACAGGCCUAUAUGCAAAACUCCUGACUGAACUUUUACUAGAGCUACAUUUUCAUGAUUUUUACAGCAUUAGUCAUCACAAGCAUGACUAUUAAUUCAGACUCAUAUAUAAUACUCAAUAAUACUUGUACUUGGAAGUUUUUGAUUGCUACGGAAAGUGUCUCUUUAAAUAACUGUUUUUAUAAACUGAUAAACUGACUGUAAAUGUAUUAUAAUUAUGUUGUAUUGAUGGGAAAGACACAUAACCAUGUGCAUUUUAUGAUCAAGGAAUGCCACAUUAUUCACUUUUAACAAAUUAUCAUGUCUUGGGUUAUUACUUUGUCAACUGGUACUGAAAUAAUGUAUUCUAUAUUGGAAAUGGUUAAAUGUGUUUAAAGUGAUGUCACUUUACAACCUUUGCUUUGUAAAGAAAAAGCUGAAUUGGAAAAUAAAACUAGGAUGUAAUGGUUCGUAUUCUA